UUUUUCGCUAACUUGGUCGAGAAAACACCACCCACAAAAUAACCUAAAUAACUGUAGAAAUUCCCCUAAACCCCUAAAUCUCGGCCCAAUUCGGAUCCUAAAACGGGUUUGUGCAAUCGACCUAUAAAUCCCUUCGAAUCUCCCGCACUCAAAUUCUCCAGCUUCGAUUUAUCGAUUUGGGUUGGCUGUCAGCUCUGAUUUCGGGUUUUUAAUUUGACCCAUUAAUGGAACAGUGAGUCUUCUUCGCUCUAACCAAUUGGAGUAUCAGUUAGCAUAGGAGCUGAUUUAUUGAGUAUCGGCCAAUGAGUCCAGACGAGGAGAUUGAUUUUUCUCACUGCAGUCUCAAUAAGCAAAAUUUUGACGCUACCUUAUCACACGAAGAGCAAACGGCAGAGACAGUAGAGAGUCGCCUGCCAGAGGAACCAAAACCGGUAGAUAGCCCGGAGAAACCACCUCAGUUCUUCAAGAUUAUCCUAUCUCCUCAUGCCUCUAAAUUACACAUCCCUGAUGAAUUUAUGAUGGAGUAUGGGGACAAUCUGCGAGAUGUUGUGUCGCUCGAGGUCCCAAAUGGUGCAAUAUGGAAAGUAAAAUUGCAUAACUGUAGUGGCAUGGCAUGGUUUAAGGAGGGCUGGAACAAAUUCAAGGAGUACUAUUCAAUUGGUUGUGGUUACUUUUUACUCUUCCGAUAUACCGGAAAUUCUCGUUUCUCUGUCUUUAUAUUUGAUUUAAGUGCUUCCGAGAUUGAUUAUCCUCCUGGCCCAAAUGAAGAUGAGAUUUCUCCUGGCCAAAAUGAAGAUUUGACACCAGAGAAUUUAUGUGUUGUGGCUGAGCCAGAGGAAAAUCCCUUAACAUGUCAAGAAAAUAGUUGUGCGGAGACGUUACUAAUGAUAUCCCACCCAUCAAGGUCAAAUGUAUAGAUAUCUUGAAGGCCAGUUUUCCUCUUUUUUUUUUUUUUCUUUUAAAAUUUAGGAUUUAAGUUAUAUGAAGGGGAGCCUUGACGUAACUGGUAAAGUUGCUGUCAUGUGACCAGGAGGUCACGAGUUCAAGUCGUGGAAACAGCCUCUUGCAUAAAUGCAGUGUAAGGUUGCGUAUAAUAGACCCGUGUGGUUCGGUCCUUCCCCGGACCCCGCGCAUAGCGGGAGCUUAGUGCAUCGUGUUGCCCUUUAGGAUUUAAGUAUAUACACUAAUACUGAAAACAUCAUUUACGUUAUCGAUGAAGUUUAAUCUAUGAUAGCAGGUUAGUUGCCAUUUUUAA